ACAAAAAAAAAGUGUUUGCUUGACAUUCGUCGACAGUCGCGCGGCCGUUUUCCACGUAAAUUUUCAGUUCUUGCGUGAAAUUUUCGCCCAUUUUCACCGAUUUAUCUGCCGCAAUCGGCUCGCAGUUCCGGUCGGUUAUGAUACUGCCAACUUAGGCAAGCUUCUACAAAAGCAGCUUCGACGAUGGUCGUGGUAGAAUCCCAGAAGCUUCCAGAAGGCGGCGGCGGUAAGGAGUCGGAGGCUAACGGGAAAUCGGCCGAGGCUGGCACAUCCGGCAAGGCCAAGUCCAAAAAGGAGAAGAAGGAUGGCGGCGGCAAGCAGCGGGAGAAAAAGAAGGCCAAGAAGGAGACUGCGGUGAAGCCGUUGACCAAGGUGGUGAUUCGGCGGCUGCCGCCGUCGAUGGACGAGGAGACGUUCCGGAAGCAGAUCGACCCGAUCCCGGACCAUGACGAUUUCUACUUUGUGUCCGGCGAUUGGUCGCUCGGGAAGAAUGCCUCGUCGAGGGCUUAUAUAAAUUUUACUCGGGCGGAGGACAUAUUUCUUUUUAAGGAUAAGUUUGAUGGAUACGACUUUGUGGACGCGAAGGGCGUGGAAUAUCCGGCGGUGGUGGAGUUUGCGCCGUUCCAGGAGUUGCCUCGGAAUCGGUCUCGCAAGAAGGACGCCAAGGUUGGGACCAUCGAAACGGACACGCACUUUGUGGCGUUUAAGGAGGCGCUGGAGGCCGAGGAGAAGGACACGGCCGGGAAGAGCAAGAGCAAGCUGGAGUACAGUUACAAGAUCAAGGACGAGAAGAAGAUAACUUCGACGCCGCUGUUGGAGUUUAUUGCGCAGAAGAAGCAGGAGAAGCGCGAUGAAAAGCGGAAAAAGUUGGAGGAGAAGAAGAAGCUGCGGAAGGAGGAGCGCCAGAAGAAGUCACAGGCCGUUGGGAAGACCAUUCCGGAGGUUAUCAAGGAGGAGAAAGUGGGUGGCGGUGAGGAUGAGAUUGUGGUGAGAACGGUUCCGUCGAGGUUGGAUCCGGCGCAGGGCAAGAAGGAAGGCGGAGGUGGCAAGGAGAAAGAGAAGAGGCAGCGAAACCGAAAGGAGAAGGACAGGGAGAAGGAUCGUCCGAAGCCGGAAAAGGAAGAGGUUGCUGGCGCGACCGGUGUUGAGCCUGAAAAGCAGUUGAGUCGCAAACAGGAACGAGAUCGUAUGCGUAAGGAGAAGGAAAAGGCUCGAAAGCAGGAGGAGAGGGAAAAGAAAGCACUUGCUGCGGCGGAACCGGUCAAGAUUAAGGAGAAGGAGCCUGCUCCAAAGGUUGAGGUGCCGAAGCUAGCACCUCCCGCCGAGUCUCCGCCCAAAAAGGAAGUCAAAAAGUACAGCGAACGCCGCAAGGAGACUCGCGCCCGCGCCGAAACGCGUCUCGCCGAGCUUGAGGAACGCAAAGACGACGAUGCGACGAGCGCUUCUCUCACCAGCGAGCACUUCCAGUCGAUCCCGAACAUCCCCAAGAUCGACAUCAAGAAGAGUGUCCUGACGCCGCACGUUGCUCCGUUCAUCCCCAAAGAGCAGAAAUCAUCGACCAUCAUCGUGGGUUCCGGAUCAACGCUGCCACCGGCGUUCCCACAUAAAUCGGUCACUCCAACUCCACCCGCGGAAGAGGUCGCCACCGUGACGGCCGCUCCGGAAACGCCCCCCGCCGAGGACAGCAGCAGCUGCGAGAAGAAGCACGAAAUCGACGAGAAGCUGAAGGAGGCCCGCGAAGCGCGCAAAAUCCGCAACAAGAACCGGCCCUCGAUCGAGAUCUACCAGCCGCGGAAGCGACUCGUGCCCGGCUCCAAGGAGGGUCGCAGCGAGAAGAGCGACUCGGAUCGAAGCUCGGAGCAGAGUGCCCGGCCGGGGACGAGCGAUGCCAAGGGCUCGACCGCGGCCAAGGCCAAGGACAACAAGCGCCACAAGCUGACCAAGAAGGCUUCGGAUAAGGAGCGUCCGCGGGAUCGUCGCAGCCGGCGGAAGAACUCCAGUGAUGCGGAAAUGGGCGAGGAAACGAUGGCGGGAAGUGUGACGGAGGUCGUGGAAGCGCUCGAGGGGGCGUCACUUGAGUAAGAUUAAGGGAUUUAACUUUUAUUCAAUGGAAUACGCAUAAUAAAUACAAUAAUAAUCGUUCAA